UCCAUCUCAACCCGAUAAAAUUUGGACGCCUUCGCCGAGGUGAUCCGGCCAAAACAAACACUCGGCUCUCUUCGCCAUGGCGCCUUCGUCGUCGAGUGAUGGUGUGAGCAGCGUCGCAUCGUCGUCUGCAAGGCCGAUGGCUCGCAACGCUGCCCCCGCGCCGGCACGGAGGACGGUGGUGCAUCCGGCCGGUCAAAACAGGCCAAGGUUGCCCUCGUCGGGGCCAUCAUCGUCCGCGCAAGCUGCCGCAAGCAACGGCAGAACACUCUCCCGAACAGACUCAACGAUGCAACAAUCUGCGAUGGCGACCGAGCCCAAGGAUAUCGUCGCCUCGCUGCCUUUCACGCUCCUUCCAGCCUCCCUCGAGGCACAGACAUCCGCCGAGGACAAUGAUACAAGUCCGACGGCCGACGAAUACACCUUCUCUCGCCUCGUCGACCUGGCCGAAAAGUACCUAUCAUCCAGCCCUGCGGCAGGUGGCGGAACAGAGAGGGGUCAUCGGGGCUGGUCCUCGACGUUCAAGUCUGACCUGACGAGCGCUACCUUUUACUCCUGGCUCGCGCUCCAGCACACGCCAACAUCUCUCCUUGCCAGACGGCUCCUCGCGACCUGCCUCAUCUAUGGUGGUGAACCAUUUCCGUUUGGUCCAAGCAACGCCUAUUCGACGCCCCUGUCGCUCGCUCCUCUGUCUUCGAGGUCGGCCACCAGCACGGCAGAUCGAGCAGGCGCCAGGGCAGCUAUCGAGUUGUUCCAGGAGGGGCCCGACUACAUGUUUCGCGACGUCGACUGCGCCAAUGCCUAUGCGCACGCAUGUAGCUUGCUCGGAAGGGUCAGAGAGGCGCAAGAGGCCCUCGCAUGGGCCAACGAGGCGGCGGCAUCCCAGCCAGCGUCAUCGGACGAGAUGCAGCGAAGAGUCGAGAAACUGCAUGCUCGGCCGCCUUGUGCAUCGACAGCACCCAAGAACCACGUCAAUCACCUCGCCCUUGCCGACAUGGCUGCCAAGGCACAGCAGAACCGGGAGGCAAGGAGACACUAUCGUGAAUGCCGCCAGCUCGAUCCGUGGUGUUGGGCUGCGUGGACUGGUUUGUGCGAUGUCAGAAACGACGAUCCCACUUCGCGAGACACCUCAGAUGAGAGGGAGAUGGACGGGCCAGUGCCAGUCGACAUUGCCGGCUUCCAAACAGGAUUCGAUGCCAGAUCGCUAUACCCAAACAUGCUCAAGGACGCCUUGACAAAGCGGCAGAUCGACCCGUCCUUGGUUCAAUGCAUUCUCGAUUCCCUCUCGGCUGGUGUUGAUUCCGGAGCAAAGGCUGCCAGAGGAGAUGCAGUGGCCGAGUCAAGCUCAGAGGUACCUCCUCAGGGCGCCACUACCACCACCACUAGCGUGGAGGGAGCUGCACCGCCGCGGCCAGGAACGAGGACAGCGGGGGCAGUCCCUGGCGUGGUAGGAAGCAAGCGCCUGCGAACUGAGACGCAGGCAAAUGGGACCACGAUCAAAGCUCGUCAAGCAAUCAACCCCACUGCACCCGCGCCUGCGCCGGUCAAGAAGUUGGUAGAAUCGGGGAAAGCUGGAGUGACAGCGCCAAGUGCGACAACGACGAAGCCCCCUGGCACCUUUGGGACGCUCUCCACUGCCAAGCAGAACGAGCAGAGGCCACCGAGUGUGGCUUCCACAAGUAGUAUCAGGACAGCAGGCACAAUUGACAAGGACGUCAAUAAGCCCAGAAGGUCCCCAAGAGUCAUGACACACACGAGCUCCUCUGCCAAUCGGACAAGGCCUGCUGUUGCUACCGGGGCCGCGAAACGCCCCGUGACAGGGCAGCAAACCUCCACUGUGAGACCCACUACAACAACAGCAACAGCAGCAGCGGCUACUCGUCCGACUGGAUUAGCUACCACUUCGCGGAUCCUGCCAGGAGCAAAGGCAAGACCACCCAUCUCCUCUUCUGUCUCGGAGCCUACAGCAGGGCGCCAACCGCAAUCGCAGCAGCAACGUAGAAAGUUGGCCGUCGAUCUCGAGCUCUUGGAGCGGAUCCAGGCUGCCGUCUAUGAAGCGGCAGAGCUGGCCAUCAAGGAGUCGAGCAGCUGGCGCAUCGCAGAUGGCCAAGUCAAGGAAUUAUUUCUCACUUUUGCCGGCGCAUACAAGGCCAUUCGCAGCUUUCGCGGACGCUACGCCAUUGCCCUUCUUCGGCCAAAAGGACCCAUGUCACCCAGCGUCAAGGAAGAUCUCAUCAAGGAGCUUCACCUUACGAAUGCUAGCAUGCCACCCGUCUAUUCGGGCCUCGACGAAAGCAUCCGGAACUCAUUCCAUGUUCACUGCCUCAUCGCCCGUGCCUACCACGACACCUCACGCUAUCACCUGGCUGAGAAGCACUUCGCCCACGCCGCCAAGCUGUCGCCCAGUCUGUCGGCCCACAUGGACAUUUGCAGCCUAACGCUCUUUCAUCUUCAUCGAGAAGUGGAGCUGUCAACGCUUGCACAGCGCCUGAUGCGCCUCGAUGAGUCGUCCUGUGUCGCCCAUUUGGCCCAGGGAAACGCAUUUGCACUCCAGCAUGAGCACCGUUUGGCCCUCAAGUGCUUCCGCAGAGCCGCCUGCGCUGCGCCCGAGUACGCCUAUGCAUACACACUGGCCGGCUACGAAGCUCUGGAGCUCGGCAAGCUCGACGAGGCUCUCGAAUACUUUCAACGUGCGCUCUCCUACGAACGCCGGCAUUGGAACGCCUACGCCGGCCUCGCCCACGCCUUUGCUUCUGAAAACCAGCACAGCCUGGCGCUGCACUACUACUCCAAGGCGCUCAAUAUCAAUGAGCAGAACGCUGCGCUGUGGGACCUCCGCGCAAGGACGCUGAUGAGCUUGGGCAGGCUCGACGAAGCCCAGGGUGCUCUGCAGCAGGCCCUCAAGAUCGACUUUACUGGUGCUGCGACGCAUGCCAAGUUGGCUGAGAACUAUCUUUUGCAAGCCGACAAGCUCGAGGGGUCGAUGGCCGAGCGAAAGAGGGAUCUUGCGCACAAGCACCUCCUCUUUGCCGUCCAGUAUGCUCCCCAGGAGGCCGAGCUCCACCUGUUACUGGCCAAGUCGUAUAUGCGCAAGGGCGGGGGCGAGUUUGCACCGGUCGAAGCUGGCAAGUCCUCUUCGAGUGGGGAUCCUGCGGGUGGGAGCCGCCAGAUGGUACGAGCUGUGGGCAAUCCGACGUUGCCGACUGCCUACCAGGAUGCCAUCUCGCACCAUCUGUGUGUGGCUGUCGAGAUCGAGCCUCGGCUCUUGAGGCAGGUCAAGGCGAUGGGCGAGGGUGUGCGUGCCUCGCUCAGGGGUGCUGCGAGUCGCUUGGCAGGCACGGCUACGGCACAGCAGCACGUCUCCUUUGCUACGACGGCCGAUGACCUCGACGACACGUACGCCAACACGAUGGGCAUGGGAACCAGCAUGGCCGACUACACGGGCAACUAUGUCCACGAGGACUCGGUUCAGCAGGGCGUCUCGAUCGAUUCAGCCGCUAUCGAAGAGAGCGAGGUUGAAGGUAGCAUCGACAGUGGUAGCAUCCCGGCGGCAGCCGAUGCGAGUCGUUCGCAGGAUGUUGGACGGAUGAGGGAGGGAGCCCGAUUCCCAAGGGGAUUCGUAGAAGGUCUUGUUCCGGUGCUGGACGGCGAGAUCAGCGAUGUGGAGAAUGCAGAGACGAUCGAUGGAGGACCAGGGCCACAGCCAAGCGCAACGCCCGAGGCAACCGAAGGGGGACGUAUGCCUGCGACGGGCAUCAGAGCUGACGCCGCUAGACAGGUCGAGGGCGAGGAUGCGAGCAUGAGCCUAUAAUGACACCUUCAUCCUGUCAACAUUCAUCUUUAUCUAGACUAGCCGAGGAGUCCUGCAAGGCUCUCGACAUCAACCAAAUGUGUCCACAGAUAUCAUUGAGUCUUCUAGCGGAUCGCAACAGCUAUAAUGAAGGAUUCUAG